AUGGCGCAGUAUUCGCCGCCAAAAUGGGGCGAGUCGGGGCGCAACGAGUUCGGUAUCUUCCUGGAAGUGAUCAAGGGUGGCAUGGUAGUAGAAAUUUUACAGUUGCCUCGUAGUGAUGGGAGCAGCUAUGUUGUGGCCGGACGUAUGGAGACUGUGUGCGACUUGGCACUAGCUCAUCCGUCCAUCUCCAGGACACAUGCAGCACUGCAGUUCGACGAACAGGGUGCGCUCUUCCUUUACGAUAUCCACAGUACACACGGUUGCUUUGUCAACAAGAAACGUGUGCAAGCUGAUGUGUAUGUGCGGUUGCACAUUGGAGACGUACUGGGAUUCGGAGAGUCCACGCGGUUGUAUGCAGUCUGCGGUCCGCCAGAGUUGUUACCUGCCGAAUACGAGUCUUUGAAUCUGGCUAAAUUCCGAGAAAAACUAGAGAAGAAACGAGAAAAGAAGCAAGAAGAGAACGGAGCUUCGUGGGGGUUUGGAGAAGAUGCAGAGGAGGAGGAGAGUGACGAAGAAGACGAGCCAGCGAAGGACCAAGCGGAGCUGCCGGACUACCUUCGAAAUCUAAAGGAAGAAGAUCAGCCGUACAGGUCGAGUGUGAGUCAGUCGCAGGUGAACGAGAAGGAUCAGAAAUUGUAUCAGCAGCUGCAGACGCGUAUCCGAAAGAUGGAGAACCUCAAACUGGAGAAGUCGAGGAUUCUGGCCAAGCAGAACCAGCUGGAAGGCUUAUCUGAGGGCCAGCAACGUACUCUGGAACGGAAUGACCAGCGAAUUGAGGCUCUAGUGAAAGAGAUCGACGGUUUGGAAGCCAGAAUUCACGCCAAGAAUGAUCAACGGAUCAAGACUGGCAGUGCGUCGCGUUCAUCUGUGAGGAAGAAGCGGAAUAUUAGCGAGGAGCUGUACGGAUACAACAGCGAUGAAGACGACUUCUACGAUCGAACCAAGGCCAAUCAACAGAAGAUUGCUGCGCGGAAGCAGAAGCCACAAAGUGAGGUACUUACUGCAGACUCGAUCCAAGCCAAUGAGACUGAUUCUUUGGAUUCUUUCAUGGCAGAAACGACGACGCAACUGCAUGUGAGUGAGGUGGACAUGCUAACGAAACGAAAGGGAGAGAUCGAGGCAAAGUUACAGCGUCAGCGACAACUAUUAGCAGUGGCAACACCAGCGAUAGCCGCACUACCAAUCCAGAAGCCAGCGAUUAAGACAAAAUCCGCUGCCCCCGACAGUGCGCCGGCACCUUUACAGGCACCUCAAAAGACUUUAGAGAAGGAAGUACCAGCACCGAAGCGACGACGCAUUUCAGGGCCGGCGAUGGGGCCACCACAGCAAAUGAAGAGCAAGAAUGGGGAGCAACAUGAUGGCGACGCGAGUGUCUUAGAAGGAGGAGACCAGGUGUGGGUGCCACCAACGAAUCAAAGUGGUGACGGUCGUACGAAGUUAAACGACAAGUAUGGCUACUAA